CAAGUAUCAUCCGCUGAAAUCUCUUCAGAACUAGCCAUGAUGUUUAAAUCUCUGCUUGUAGCCUUUGGCGCCAUCCGUGCUGUCCAUGGUUGGGGGGUCUUAGGUCAUGCCACUGUUGCGUAUAUUGCUCAACACUUUCUCGACGAUGACGUUGCCUCCUGGGCACAGGGUGUUCUGGGUGACUCCUCGGAUUCGUACCUUGCCAACGUUGCCUCAUGGGCCGACACGUACCGCACAACUGCAGCUGGAAAAUGGUCAGCCCCUCUGCACUUUAUUGAUGCAGAGGACAGCCCGCCAACAAACUGCAAUGUAGACUAUGACCGUGACUGCGGCAAUUCUGGAUGCUCCAUAUCUGCUGUCGCCAACUACACUCGACGUGUAGGAGAUAGUCGUCUGUCAAAAGCUAACAAAGCUGAGGCUCUCAAGUUCCUCGUCCACUUUUUGGGUGACAUUACCCAGCCACUACACGAUGAGGCCUACGAGGUUGGCGGAAAUGAUAUCAAGGUUACCUUUAACGGGUUUUCCGGCGAUAAUCUGCAUUCAGACUGGGACACUUAUAUGCCCGAGAAAUUGAUUGGUGGCCACGCCUUGACCGACGCCCAAUCGUGGGCAAACACACUCAUCACUGAUAUCACUUCGGGCUCAUACAAGUCCCAAGCCGCUUCUUGGAUCGCUGAUAGCGACGUGACUGAUCCUAUCACGUCAGCAACUGCCUGGGCCUCGGAUGCCAAUGCUUACGUCUGCACUGUGGUUAUGCCCGACGGUGCUGCAGCGUUGCAGGAGGGUGACCUCUACCCGACCUAUUACAACUCUGUGAUCCCAACCAUCGAGCUACAAAUUGCAAAGGGUGGUUACCGACUGGCUCAUUGGCUGAACAAUAUCUACUCUGCCAAGAUUGCAACUCGUUCGGUGCAUAAGCUGAGUGCACGGAAACCACUGCCAGACUUGAUGGGAAGAGAUCUGCUUCCUGGUGCACGACCUCUGAGUCGCGCUAAGCUCGCGAGAGAAGCAAUUAGCGGGAGCUGCUGUGCCUCAGGACAUUCUCAUUAGAAUUUGCGUCUAGUGGACCUUUAUGGAUGUUGGAGAACCCUAGGCUACCUGUUUGGUACUAUGUAACUAUAUUGCCACUAUCAAUAGGUAGCUAUCAUCUCAACCUCUACAUCAGUGUCUAAGGGCAGCUGAUGGACAGCGACACACGUCCGGGACUGUAGUUGUAAACAUUAGUUAAGGACUAGAUUUAGAACCUAUUUUUUAUAUCACUAACAGGCUUGGGCUCAUUUGGGAAAA